AAUACUUCCGUGGCAACUUGCGUACCGACAGAUAUCCUGGUAAAUUAGUGAUGCAACAUAUAUCACUUUAAAUAUCUCAAUAUGCCUUUAUAAAAACGUAUUCAUAAAACCAAGACGCACAAAAACCUCUCGCUGAGUCGUUGUCUAGAUUUCGAAAUGGCUGAACCAAGUCGGAAGUAAAACCUAAAUGGAAUGGGGCCUUCAAAUCCAAACUGACAUCACAAGACUAACGAGAACAACGCUACCAUCAGUAUUUCCGGUGUGAAUACAACAUUUUAAUAGUUACUACAGCUGGUGAUGUUGUGAUGGAGGAACCGAUGAGCACCGUGAACGUGUGACACACCCGGGGGACUCGCAGUCUGAAACUACCAGCAUGCAUCGCCCUGAUCGGAGCAGACCUCCGUGGAUAGAGAGUCUGAUCCUGAGCUACAGCAGCCGGGAGGAGAGCGUCAGCAUCGGGCAGCUGAAGGCCCACGUCAUCGGGGUGGGUCAGAUGUCUCAAUCCCAGGCCCUCGGCUCCGAGGGCCCCACGGGGAUCCUCUUCCUGUCGGACGGGCUGCUCCAGAUCCAGGCCAUUCUCACGGCGUCGGCCUGGGAGCACCUUCAGGAGCAGGAGGACCGCGAGCGUUUCACUAGCCUGGUCAACACCACGGUGUGCAUCCAGAACUACCGGAUGCAGUUCCACAUGGCCCUGGAACAAACCAGAUCCAGAUUCUUCUUAUCGGUCGGGCAGCUUGCCACGACCUCGGCCGGGCCGGUUAAAGAGAGCACGCCUUGCAGCACGACGUUGCCCGCCGUCAGGAUGAAGAUCUGCCAAACGUGGAAGGCCCUGCUGGGUCAGGAGACGCAGGACUCCUCCCAGUAUGGCUUCGACCUGUCGGAGCUGCUGGGCGAGUGGCACCACGACUGCCUGCAGGCCGUACUGGACGACGUGCGGGAGAGGCUGGCGGCGUCGGCGAGCCCGCGGCUCUCCACCUCCUCCGCUCGCGACCCACCGGUGACCCACCGGGACACAUUCGUCGCCACAAGUUGGGAUGUUGAUCGGGUCAGAUAUAAGGGAGAGAAAAGUUUCAGUGUCUCCGUGAAGUGUCUUCUCAUCCCGGAGGAAGACGCUCAGCAGACGCCUCCGGAUGUCGGAAGCGGCGGGACGGCGAAUGGACUUUCCGAUGAUGACAGAGCGAGAGACCCGCGUCUGCUUUCGGAGACCGCGGCGCCUUCCGUUGACGACGGAGAGUGGCGAAUGCCAACGCCACCGGUUUUAGAGAGCGACUGGGACGCCGACGAGGCUUCGCCGGUUCCGUCGGAGGACAGCACGCUAAAAGAGAGCGAGAGCGCGGUCAUGAUCGAUUGGGACAUCCGGUCUGUAUCCAGCCUCUGGGACCUCCACCUUCCGCCGUGCGAAACCUCGUCGUGCUCCGACGCGUCCGCGCCACUGAGCCCGUCGCGCGCGCGCCACCCCGCCGCACCCGAACUCGGGUCCGAACACUCCGUGAUCUUAGCCGGCGGCUCGCCGCUUCCUGGCCACAGCUCCAAGGACACGGAGCCCAGCAACCUGCCGCCGUACCAGAAGCUACCGGCUGCUUCUUUGACUUCCGUGAGUCCACCGGAGGCCUUCUCCGCCAGACCGCCGGAUAUGCUCCUCGCCUCGGACGAAUGCCGCGUAGACACGGCCGGACGAACUCUUCCGUCGUCGGACCGACAAAGCCCGAUUUUGGAAAAAGACGCGGAGGAGGAAGUUGAGGGGAAAUCCAGAAAGGUGCAGAGAAAGAGGAGCGAGCCGACACCGGAGGCGGAUGAGGAUGGGGAGGAAGCUGCGGUCAGCGGGAGCCCUCCGUCAUGGCUCUUUGACUCUCAGGGAGCAUCCGGGGCCGACGAGGUCAUCAGUUCCGGUGAAACAGGUGUGGCCAGAAAAAGACCCCCCACGACUCACAGCGACGGCCGCCUGUUCUCUUACUCGUACCAGCUGUCGGGGCAGAACCUGCAGGACUUCAGUCGGUUCCGAGUGACGGCGUCCCUGCUGCAAUGGGCCGUGAAGCAUCUUCUCGUUGCCGCUCCAGUCUCCUCUGACACUCACGAUAAUGUUCCAUGAGUCCAUUUAUGUUUGGUAUCACUGACUCACCGAGUAGAAAGUCUCGUCCGCAAAACAAAUAUCGACACAUGUUUACCGUGAGAGUUUUUAAAGCUUGUCCAGUGUAAAUAAAAGAUGCCGAAAGUUC